CGCUUCUGAAUCUCGUGUCUGUCACAAACGCCUUCAAAAUUCGCGUAGGGGUUUCUUGCACAUGCUCAAAACUGCUUCUCGUUCUUGUGAGUCUCCUUCCGCAUGAAUCACACCACCACAAGUACCUUGAGCUCAUACGAGCAGACAAAUUUACAUUUCGACGCGGCAUAUUUUCUCCGCCUCGCCUUCGAUCCUUCUCGAUGCCGACAGAUGCAGAUGCGGCUGCUGCGGCAGUAGCCAAGGUUGAGGCGGCGAAACGCAAGGCUGCGUACAAAGCUGUGGAAGACCAUUUUCGGAGUGACAUGAGGUUUGUGGGGAUCGGGAGUGGAAGUACGAUUGUUUAUGGAGUUGAGGCUAUUAAGGAUCAUUUGGCCAAACACCCUCCUCCUCCCGGCCAUAUCAAUUGGUUCGUGCCUACGGGCUGGAACUCGCGGAAAGUCAUCGAAAAGGCCGGCCUCACACCUAUCGCCUUCGACUCAUUACCCGCCGAAGCUAUGCUGGAAGUUGCAUUCGACGGUGCUGACGAAGUGGACGAAGAGCUGAACUGUAUCAAAGGAGGUGGAGCGUGUCUGUUUCAAGAAAAGCUGGUGGCAUGUCGAGCCAAGAAAUUCAUCUGCAUAGCAGAUUACAGGAAGAACCAGAGCCGAUUGCUGACGGCGUGGCCGACGAUACCCAUCGAGAUUGCUCCCAUUGCACACGCAAGUGUGAUUCGAGAGCUCAAAUUGCUUGGCUCUCCAGCACCGGUUUUGCGUGAGCAUACACUUUCGAAGACUGGACCGGUCCAGACGGACCAGAGCUUUUAUAUUGUAGAUGCGCCUUUCAAGACGCUUCUGACGGGAUUGGAUGUGAAGAAUGGACAAGACGGGAGCGGGAAAGAUGGUGUCUGGGAGGUAGAAACGCUUAGUGCGAGGAUAAAGGCUAUUGCCGGCGUACUAGAAGUUGGCAUCUUUGCAGGUCCUAACGGGAUUCAGACGCAGAAGGCUGGGAAGCAGGGUGGGCAAAAGCCGGUUGCUGUUUACUUUGGUCUGGAGUCUGGGGAGGUGUAUGUAAAGAGAUACAGUGAACUACAGGGCUAGAUUCGGGGAACUGCUCUUGAGAUACAUUCACAACGGUCGUAGUCUGCAUUCGAAGAGUGGAUGUCUUGGAGAAUAGGUCCGCUUUGGAGUGAACGAGAUGUGAACAACAGGAAGCAAACGGUUCUCCCUCGAUGGAUUCAAGAGCCCCAAGUUCUGGAACUCCCUGCGCAACUCGAGAAGCUGUUAGGAGAAUACCGGGUUGGAAGAUGGAUGCAUCCUCGCCUGAGCCUGAGCAUCGUCAUUCCUCUGCCUUCAAUCACGUGCAUGUAGACCUUUUACUUUAUUGUUAUUACUUUUC